GACCGAAGUUUCUUUGAUAACUCCAGAAAAAAAAAAAAUUUAAUUUCUCUUUGUUUAAAUAUUCCAAAUUUAUUUAGUUGGAUGAAGUUGACAGAGGAGGAGGAGUGGAUGACGUAUAGCUGUCAAGAUUCAAGUCGUGCUUAUCAUCUGAUCUGCUUCUUUUCUUUCUUUCACACGCCAGGCCAGCAUCUCUUCUUGUUCUGAUUCUCUGUUUUCCAGGAAAAGAUCAGAGUUGAAACUGUGAUACUUAUUAUGGAUUUGGGAACAGUAAACAAGGGUUUGAGUUAUACUCGGAGAAACAAGAAGUGGGUUCUUGCUCUGGGAAUCUUGGGUCUCACUAGCUAUGGUGCAUACAGAGCUUAUCAUUCACCUGGCAUGGUGAAAAAGAGGGAGAGAUUGAUGAAACUCAUCGGUUCUUUAGCUUCCUUAGCUGAUAUUGUAUCUAAUUCAACAGAUGCAAUUGCAGUCCUCUCCAAAGAUUUCAAGGAUUUUAUAGAGUCAGAUUCCGAUCAAGUCCCCACAAGUUUAAGGCAGAUUUCAAAGAUUGCAAAGUCCGAUGAGGUUUCAGAGUCUCUGGUCAAGAUCACCGCCGCCAUAACCACCGGAAUCCUUCAAGGCUAUCCGCACAAAACGGGAGAUUCCGGUUGCAUUGAUCGCGUUCUGGAUAAGCUGUUCACAGACGGCGGCUCGGGUUUUGCGUCGGUGGUUGUGGGGAGCUUUGCGAAGAACUUAGCCAUGGCGGUUUUCUCAGACAACCUUAGCUCAGAGCCACCCAGGUGGGUAAACAAUGUUCUCCGAGACGAAAAAUGCAGAGAAUUAAUCGGGGAUUGCGUGCGUCUCUUCGUGAGCAGUGCCGUAACAGUGUACCUGGAGAAGACGAUGAACAUCAACACCUACGAUCAAAUCUUUGCCGGAUUAACUAACCCGAACCACGAAACCAGAGUGAGAGACAUGCUGGUGGCUGUCUGCCAUGGCGGGGUGGAGACAUUUGUCAGAACAUCUCAUCAAGUUCUGACCACUGCGAAUCCCAGGGAUGAAGAUGAAGAUGACAAGAAGAACAAGAAGAAUGUUUUGGUGGGGAAAAUGUGUUCUUCCGCUCUGUCUGUGCCUGGGAACAGAAGGUUUCUUCUUGACUUGACAGGGAAGGUUACCUUUGAGACCAUGAAAUCUUUUCAGGAGUUUAUGAUAGAAAGGUUUUCCCAGAAUUUAAGCAGAAGAGUGGAUGCUGUGCAGGAUAAGAGUGCAGAAGCUUUGGAGUAUGUGAGGUGGAAAUCCUCUGCGGCAAUUACAGCAUGCCUUUCUUUGUGUUUGCACAUUGUUGAUAGUCCUUGGCUUUUGGUGCCACCUUAACUUCAAUGUACCCCUCUAGAUUCCAACUUGCCCUUAUCUCGAAGUCCUAGUCGAGGAAGUAAAUUGUCAUAUUGAAUUAAACCUACACUUUAUGACAUUCUGUUAUAUAAAAUUAUCAAUUUUCUGCA